CUUUAUACAAAUACACAUGUUUGGUCCGCAUAUAUGCUGUCAUCCACGGCCAGCCAAAAUCCUGGACCACAGGAUUCACUGUCCUGGUACCGAUAGUUCUUGUCUACAUACUCUUCCAGAUAUUUGCGUCUCCGUUCGAUGCCUACCGAGACCCAGCAUCGCAUUACUACCAGCCGCGUAAUGCGACACUUGGCUUCCAAAAGAUCUUUGUGCUAAAUAUGCCAGGCACGGCACGACCGGCUACGCAACAUGCGCGCACUCGCUAGCUACCAUCGAUUGAGGCUGGAAUUUGUGCGGACCUUUGGCGAACGCGAGUCAAACGAACUGGCCCGCACCCUGGAUUACCCGAUCAACGGCACACAUCUGGCAUGCUAUCUAAGCCACCUCAACAUAUACAAGCACAUAGGUUGAGUACAACAUCGAGACGGCGCUGAUAGUCGAGGACGACAUUGAUGUGGAGCUGGAUCUAAAGGACCGACAUGCGUACAUUAUGAGCAAAGUACACGAGGUGUAUGGCCGUGACUGGGACAUGCUGUACCUGGGCCGCUGCACAUUCGACAGCAACGAGCCAGCAAAAGUUGCCCCCACACUAGUUGCCAAUGGCACGCGGUACGCAGUGGAUCCGAGUGAGCGAGCAAGGUACCUGCAGCGCGACCUGUCGCUGUUUGAAUCCGAGUAUCCCAUGUGUCUGCAUGCCUAUGCGGUCACCAGGGAGUGUGCCAAGCGACUUUCGGUCUUGCUGCAGGAGCGACUAAAGUCGGUUGGCAAGGACAUUGAUCUGAUUCUUGCUGUCGGGGCGCGCGCUGGGGUCUCAACAAUCCUGGGCACAUCGCCUCCCUACUUCGUGCAGGUUGGCCGGCAGGAGCUGCCGAGCGACCUGACAGCCAUUGCUGACGGGGACACGGCCCAGCGACUCGCUCGCUCGACACUAUACCACCUGCAUCUGCGCACGCGCGACCCGCAGUCCCUGGCACCGUACAUGGACUGGCCGUGGUUCGUGGAUAGCAUGUAAUUAAAAUUACGGGAG